GUUUGGAUCCUAUGCGCAAUCUGGUCAGGAUCCAUGCUGUUCGCUUUUAAAGCCUACUGCAAUUAGAGAAACUGUUAGCGAACAGCAUGGAUCCUGACCAGACUGUGCGAAUGCACAGGCUGGUCUGGAUCCGUGCUGGUCGCAAAGCUACUAUAUUGGUUUUCCCAUGGCAUGGCUCAAAUGUGUUUUCUUUAAUAGCUUUAUAUAGAUGUAUAGUAUCUAUAAGAGUAAUGUACUGUGUUCUGCAUACUAUGAUUAUCACAUGUUUAGGUGAUGGAAGAAUGGACUCACCAGGCCACUCUGCGCAAUACUGCACCUACACUCUAAUGGAAAAUGACACCAAGGACCUUCUGUGUAGUAUCAUAAUUGACAAGAGAAUGACUGAUCUCAAGUCAACAAAUAUGAAGAAAGAGGGACUGAUCCGAGGGCUGAGGACAUUGAGAGAGAACAGAGUGGUUGUAAAGGAAUUAGUGACUGAUGCUAUCACUACUAUCGCUGCUAUGAUGAAAAAUCAGUAUCCUGAUAUAACACAUACCUUCGACACUUGGCAUGGAGCAAAGAACUUUGGGAAAAAAAUAGGAGCAGUAUCAACUCUAUAAAGCAAGAAACUACUUGGCAGGACUGGACUAUCAGAUUUACAAGGAAAGACCAUUCCUGAUGAAUAAGAAUGGCGAAUUUAGACUUCAUAGAUGCUUCUCUAAACGAAGUUGAACAUACAGCUGCUACAAAGAGAAAGUGCCAAAGACAUACACAUAUGUAGAACAGUUGCUCCAAGAUAUUCUGCAUUCAGUAGCUACAAGAAUUGAACCCUUAAGAGCUCCAGUGACGCUUACACCUACAGACCCUCGAAAGAUCAAGAGAAGCAUAUCUGGUAUUACUCCACCACCGACAAAGUUUUUAAUGGCUUCCAAGAAAUCCAGAUUUGAUGAGAAGUGAAUGCA